AUGUCGAAACAGUACUGCGAACAGUUUGUAGCAACCGCAACAGGCGCCGCAGCAUCGGAUCAUAACGCUAUGCAAAAUUCAAUUAAAACAUCCAACAGUCCCUGUGAAGAAGACAAUACGACACAGAAUAAUCAGCAGGCCGAAGGAUGUGGAGUUACUGCCACUCGAGAUGCAGGAGAUAUUGCUGGGAGUAGUGACUCCUCCUCACCCAAAGCAAAAAAACAAUUAACCAAACAGCGUUCAUUGAACAAAGUAAACACCCCAAAUGCAGGCGAUUCUUUUUCUGGAUGUUCUUCGAGUGCCCUAAGAGACGAACAUGGUAUUAAAAAGGAAGACACAUGUUCGCCAUCUGUGUCACCCUUGGCAUUUACCAACAAUCCCACAGAUGCUUCUUAUUGCGACACAAACAAAACCAAUAAUCUCUCUCCAUUACCAAAUGAAAAGAAUUAUUCCCAGUUUCCCAGGAGCGGUAGCUGUAACGAGCUUGAUGAACACUCCACAAAUGUCAGUUUAACUUUACCGGGAAACUCCAUAAAUUCUUCAAAUAUUGACACUUGUGGUUUGCUAAACCCGAACAUGAGUCCGAAAUCCGAAAAGGGGUUCGCUACAAACAUCUGUAAUAUGUCCACCAAACGUUUGAAUGCCUUCAACGGGAUGCCUUCUGAGAACCAAUAUCUAUUAUCUACAACAGGAGGCGGAGGAGUAGGUGGAGGCAAUGGUGGUGGCAUUGAAUAUUUGCAACAACAAAAUCACGUUUUUGUCUUUUCAACACAUCUUGCCAAUAAAAGUGCCGAAGCAGUACUGGGUGGCCAAUUUCCAACCAUUAUUGCCUAUCAUUGCAUGCAGCCAUCUACUAAGUUGUUUCUAGAAGAUUUUCUAAAAAAUCCCGCCAGGUCAUCAAAACUACAGCGUCAGUAUUCUUUAAAUAUAAUGAACGUUAUGAAUUCGGCCAGUGCCGGAGGUGGUAAGGGAUCUGUAAUCACCCAGCCGGCCCAUUGGCUAAAUGAUUUCAACAAUUCUGGCAACAGAUUAGCCCCCAACAAGGCCAAUCAUAUGUGGGAUCCACUAAGUGAAUCUUCAAAUCCUUUGGAUUUGUUAGGAGGUAAUGGACAUGUCAAUGAUAGCACCAAAUCUGUUGCCGCUAUUGCUGGUAGCAUCAAAUUGGAAGACAACAUCAAUACGAUACCAACCCUGCAAGGUGUAAAGGUGCCAGACGAGAAUCUAACGCCUCAGCAACGUCAACACCGCGAAGAGCAAUUGGCCAAACUGAAGAAAAUGAAUAAAUUUCUAUUCCCUGAUAAGGAUCCGGCCGAUUUUCACAGCACAGCAGCGCAUGUUCUCAAUGGUGGGACUGGAACAAUGUCUGGGAAUUUAGGAGAUCCUAUUGGUAGUUUUUUAGACGGUUCGAAUAAAAUGUUUCAACAAUCUGUACGCCACAUUGCUGGUAAUUCGGGAAGUGAAGGCGGCAUUAUUACACCAGGUAUGCUCCCAAACUCUGGUGAAUCGACAAAUAAACCGGCAAGCAUAUCAAAAGUUAAUACGAUCAAUGAGAACGCAAAGGGAAGGGGUAGAGGAGGUCCGUGUGAUGAACAAAGUAAUAUUUUAAAUGGAACAUCCCCUGAAAUGGCCCCAUCCAUUGCCGGGGAUAAUUGUUUGACCUCGGAACCCCGGAACACGAACACUGAAAACUUAAAUUUUAAUGCUGACGAAUGGAACAAAUUUCCAAACAAUUCGUUUCCCGAUGAUUUUAAAAAUAGGCCAAUAAAUCAAAAUUCUACACUGCCUCGUUCAUUAUCGAUGGGUGCAGCUACUGGGGGCUAUAGCACACCGCCACAGACCAGUAAUGCCCCACCGCCUUCCUAUCGUCAAACACCGAGAUCGGCGUCAGUACCAAUAACAACACCAUCUCCUACAAAUAUCCAUAGCUCUAAUCAAGAUAUACCACUUACAUCACCGCAAGCACCACGUGCACCCUUUGGAACUUCUUCGCCACCCAACUCGCAUAUAACAAAUGCAUCAUCGGGUAGCCGGACGAAUACAACCCAUUCCAUUACAAGUUCAUUAAGUGGAAACAUCAACACAAGUGGUUCAGUUGAUAACACCGUUGCACCGCAAAUGUCAUCCGCCGGAAUGGAAUGUAUUGAUAAUACGCUAAAGCUAAAGAGAUCAAGUCCGCAAACGUUUAAGGGACCUGCUCCAAAUGAAUUGCAUACCGAUGACAGUUGUAUGGAUGGCAGAUACCACAAUUUCCCUUUGAAUUAUCCAAGGGGCGGAGGAGUUGGCAACACCAUGUCUGCCAUUCGCCUGCAAAAUAUGCGUCAAAUGCCAUCCCAGUUUGGUCGUCGCAUCGACAACAUACCAUUAAAUCCGAAUUGUAGUCGUCUGACUCAAAAUAAAGCGGCCAACAAUUUUGAUCCUAUUUCUUCGCUAGCUCAAAUGUCCCAACAAUUGACUGGCAGUUUGGGUUCAAUGGGUGGUGGUGGAGGUGGUAGUUUUUUGGAUUGUGGCAAUAUCCUGUCGGGCCAUCCUGGUCGUCUAAACGAUCACUCAUUAGAGCACUGCAGUUUGGAUAUGCGUGGUGGCGGAGGGCCUCUGGGAAAUAGGCCUGUUCAAUUUCCAGGCGAUAUGAAUAUAUUAUGCGGUGAUGCAAUGGAUCAACGUAUGCUAAAUAGCAAAAUGUGUGCAUCUAAUAUGUCCGGAGAUUUCAAUUCCAGUCCAAUGAAUGCCAUGAGAGAUUCUAAUAUUGGCGGUAAUAAUGAUAUUAUGUCGCCGUGCAAUCGGGCAUUGGGCCGUCGAAUUUCGAGCAACUUUGACAAUUUUAACAUGACCUCUUCAAAUAUCCAUAUUCGAGCGAGCGCACCGAAUACGAUACAGUACAUGCCGGCAAGAUGUCAAAAUAUCAGCAAUAUGCGAGUGCCUCCUAAUGUUGAUAUCUAUCAACGUUUCCCGAAUCCUCAACUAAUGGGAAAUGCGGGUGCUGGCCAUUCCACAGGGCAUGGAGGAGUAUCUGCUAGUGGUGAUAUGACGACAAAUGCAAAUAUGAUGAAUAUGUUCGAUAACUGUAAUCAAAUGCAGCCAUCGGCUAUUGGGAUGGGGGGUGACGGUGGUGGUUUUGAACCAAAUCAUUUGGAAGGCCUUGAAGGCAAUCUUCUACCUCCCAAUGACGACUACAUGAAUCUGCGUUGA